CGAUUCAUUUAUUUCCUGCGGGCUCCCAUCCGGACGAGGCGGAGAAAACAAAGUGGGCUUCUUCUCCUCCGCGCAAGAUUUGCUUUUACUAGUCCAGGGUUUCGCGUCGAUCUCUAAUCGAUCCGAUCGUUCGUUGAUCCGGAUGGCGUUGGAGUGGGUGGUGCUGGGCUACACGGCCGGGGCUGAGGCGAUCAUGCUGCUCUUCCUCACCCUCCCGGGCCUCGGCGGCCUCCGGCGGGGCCUCCUCACCGUCGUACGGGGCGCCCUGAAGCCGCUCCUUUCCGUGGUGCCCUUCUGCCUCUUCCUCCUCGCCGACAUCUACUGGAAGUAUGAGAUGCGGCCGACUUGCGAGCAGGAACACGCCUGCACCCCCUCCGAGCACCUCCGGUACGAGAAGUCGAUCAUGAAGAGCCAGCGCAACGCCAUCCUCAUUGCCUCUGCCCUCCUCCUCUACUGGCUCCUCUUCUCCGUCACCAGCCUCCUCGGCCGCAUUGACCAGCAAAACCAGCGCAUCGAAAAUCUCAAACGCUCUGAAUAAUCCCGUGAUCACUAGACGCCAAACAGGAGUAGAUUAGUCUUCGGAUCGCCUUCAGACUCGUCUUCUCGCCCUUUUCUCGAUCAUCCGAUUGUCAAAGAAAGAUGUACUUGUGAUUCGUACGCUCUGUCGUUGAUCUGUGCGUCCAAUUCAAGCGUUUUCGUCUCUAUUGCAUUUCAAUUUACGUGCUAUGGUGUCUGUUUGAUGCUAUUAAAGACUGUAUUCUGGAAGAACUUUUUUUGUUUCUUCUGAUUAAACUUGGGAUCCACAUCCUCCAUCAAUUAAUUCUGUUA